CCAAAACCCAUUUGAAAUCCUACGACGGGCAUUUCGACGUGUCCCCUUUUCUUCAGAAGCCCACAGUUUUCUCGUUGUUUUCUUCGCCAUUUAAAACCCUAUAAAUCCACCCCCCACCAUUCUUGACUCCCCCCUACUGUCCUCCAACCCUUCUGCUUCACACUAGUUCAGCGAUUUUCAUAGAUCAGGGAGGAUAUCGAAUCGAGGAUGGGGAGCACGGGAUUCUCGUGGAAAUUGAAGGACCAUCCGAAGCUGCCCAAGGGGAAGACGGUGGCCGUGGUGGUGCUUGACGGCUGGGGCGAGGCGGCUGCGAAUCAGUACAACUGCAUCCAUGUCGCGCAGACGCCUACCAUGGAUUCGCUCAAAACUGGGGCGCCGGAGAAGUGGAGAUUGGUGAGGGCGCACGGUACUGCGGUGGGGCUGCCCACAGAGGAUGAUAUGGGCAACAGUGAAGUUGGGCACAAUGCUCUUGGCGCUGGCAGGAUUUUUGCCCAAGGUGCAAAGCUUGUUGAUAUUGCUCUUGAAACUGGGAAAAUUUAUGAUGGAGAAGGCUUCAAGUACAUUAAAGAAUCUUUUGACAAUGGAACGCUACACCUUAUUGGAUUGCUAAGUGAUGGAGGCGUUCACUCUAGGCUCGAUCAGUUGCAGUUGUUGCUGAAAGGUGCCAGUGAGCGUGGUGCCAAGAGAAUCCGUGUUCAUAUUCUCACUGACGGUCGUGACGUGUUGGAUGGAUCAAGUGUUGGAUUUGUAGAAACUCUUGAAAAUGAUUUAGCGAAUCUACGUGAAAAGGGUAUCGAUGCAAGGAUUGCAUCAGGUGGAGGUCGGAUGUAUGUUACAAUGGAUCGUUAUGAGAACGACUGGGAGGUUGUGAAGCGAGGAUGGGAUGCCCAAGUGCUUGGAGAAGCACCCCACAAGUUUAAGAAUGCAGUCGAAGCUGUCAAGAAGCUGAGAGAGAUUCCUAAUACAAACGAUCAAUACUUACCUCCAUUUGUCAUUGUUGACGAGGAAGGGAAGUCCAUCGGGCCUAUUGUUGACGGUGAUGCUGUUGUGACUUUCAACUUCCGUGCUGACCGUAUGGUUAUGCUUGCCAAGGCACUGGAGUACGAGGAUUUUGAUAAAUUUGAUCGUGUCAGAUUCCCUAAAAUCCGCUAUGCUGGGAUGCUUCAGUACGAUGGUGAACUGAAACUCCCAAGUCGCUAUCUUGUUUCUCCUCCGGAAAUUGAGAGAACAUCCGGAGAGUAUCUUGUGCAUAAUGGUAUCCGAACUUUUGCUUGUAGUGAGACUGUUAAAUUCGGUCAUGUUACAUUCUUUUGGAAUGGGAACCGAUCUGGAUACUUCAACUCGGAAUUGGAAGAAUACGUUGAAAUUCCAAGUGAUAGUGGUAUUACUUUUAAUGUUCAGCCAAAGAUGAAAGCUCUGGAGAUUGCCGAAAAAGCUAGGGAUGCCAUUCUUAGUGGCAAAUUUGACCAGGUACGGGUCAACCUACCGAAUGGCGAUAUGGUUGGGCACACCGGUGAUAUUGAAGCCACUGUUGUCGCCUGUAAGGCUGCUGAUGAGGCUGUCAAGAUGAUUCUUGAUGCAAUUGAACAAGUUGGCGGGAUAUACGUUGUCACUGCUGAUCAUGGAAAUGCAGAAGAUAUGGUGAAGAGAAACAAGAAAGGCGAACCUCUUCUCGACAAGAAUGGCAAAAUUCAGAUUCUCACUUCUCACACUCUAGAGCCUGUUCCUGUUGCCAUCGGUGGCCCUGGUCUGGCUCCGGGUGUGAGAUUCCGGAAAGAUGUUCCGAACGGCGGACUGGCGAAUGUGGCAGCCUCGGUGAUGAACCUGCACGGGUUUGAGGCGCCUGAGGAUUAUGAGCCAACCCUGAUUGAGGUUGUCGACAACUAGAAGACUCCAAUCUCUCCCAAGUUUUGCAGACAAAACAAAACAAAACAAUCAAAUUAUGUCAGAAUAAAAACGGAUUUGUGAAACCUUGAUUUCAUUUACUACUGACUAACUUAUCAGCAAUGGUGAUGAAUGCUGUGAAAAUUUGGGUUUUGAUUUGAUUUGAUAGACUUGUGAUUUGGAA